AUGGCAGCAGUGAUCAAGUUGGCGUAUGUGGUUCUUGCUUUUAUGGUUGUAGCUGCACCUUAUGCAGCUGAAGGUACACUUACAUAUGGUCAGGUGGCUGGUAAGGUAGGAUCAUGCCUUGGCUACUUGAAGGGGGGUGAUCUUAAUCCUGAUUGUUGUCCAGGAGUCAAGGGUCUUCUUGCCAUGGCUAAAACCAAGGAUGACCGUCAAGCUGUUUGCCGUUGCUUGAAGUAUGCCGUUCAGUCUGUGACUGGUAUCAAAAUGGCUAAUGUUGUCGCACUCCCCGGUAAAUGUGAUGUUACCAUCCCUUACAAGAUCAGCCCUGCCACUGAUUGUGCCACGGUAAAGUAA